AUGUCCCGGCCCAACAGCAGAGCCAUUUACUUGCACCGGAAGGAGUACUCCCAAAGCCUCGCUUCAGAGCCCAGCUUCCUGCAGCACAGGGUGGAGCACCUGAUGACAUGUAAGCUGGGGACUCACAAGGUCCGGGAGCCUAAGGAUGCCUUGCAGAAGCUUCAGGAGAUGGAUGCGCAGGGCCGGGUGUGGAGCCAGGACUUGCUCCUGCAGGUCAAAGAUGGCUGGCUCCAGCUGCUGGACAUCGAGACAAAGGAGGAGCUGGACUCUUAUCGUGUGGACAGCAUCCAGACCAUGGAUGUGGCACUCAACACCUGCUCCUACAACUCCGUCCUGUCCAUCACAGUGCAGGAUUCAGGCUUACCAAGUACCAGCAUUCUGCUCUUUCAGUGCCAGGAAGUGAGGGCAGAGCUCCUGAAGACCAGCCUUCAGAAGGCCUUAGAGGAAGAGCUAGAACAAAGACCUCGAUUUGGAGCCAUUCGCCCAAGCCAGAACAGAUGGAGGGGGUCUCCUCUAGAAAGACCACUCCCUCUAGACCGGGAACCCCCUCUGGACCCAGCUCCAGAGGACCCCCACAGGAAGACACCAGAGCACAGUAUGCCACCAUCCCCAAGGCCCCUGUCUCAUCACUCCAGUGCCCGAGAACCAAGAGCUCACACUCUACCUCCUCCAAGGAGGUCCCCAUCUCCCGAGGACUCAGAGAGGGAUGAGGAGAUACUGAGACACAUCCUAAGGGACAUUGAGCUGUUUGUGGAAAAACUGAAGACAACCCAGAAAAAGACCAGCAGUAAAAAGAAGAGACUGGGGAAGAAAAAGAACAAGGAUCAGAAGGGGCUGACACAGGCAGAGUACAUCGACUGCUUCCAGAAGAUCAAGUACAGCCUCAUCCUCCUGGGGAAGCUGAGCAGCCAGUUGCAGGAGCCAAGCGCCCCAGAGUUCAUGCAUAUCAUCUUUCAAACUCUGGAAUCUAUUCUGACCUACUGCCCUGAGUCUGGUCUAGCAGCCCAAGUGAACUCACCGCUCCUCACCCCCAAAACUAUAAACAUGCUGAAGUCCUGUCUGAGCGCCUCUGAGAGUGACCUCUGGCAGAGUCUGGGCAAGGCCUGGACCACCAGCUGGGCUGAAUGGACAGACAAGGAGCCCCCACCCUACACACCCACAUUCUCUGAUGGUUGGCAGCCUCCAGAGCCCUCCUUCAACCAGGCACCCCUAGGAUACAAUGACUCCUUCAGGUUAGGGAAUGUCUCAUACUUUGCUCAGGAGGAGACAUACAACCAUGAUUCUCAGCCCAGGAACCCCAACCUCCUCCUGUUCUUUAGCUCUAGACCUGCCAAGCCAGCCCUGAAAAUGCAAGUCCUAUUUGAGUUUGACUCUAGGAACCCACAGGAACUGUCUGUGGUCCAGGGGCAGGUGUUGGAGAUUCUGGACCAGAGCAAGCGGUGGUGGCUUGUGAAGAAUGAGAAGGGACAGAGUGGCUACAUUCCCAGCAACAUUCUGGAGCCUCUACAAUCAGGGAGCCAGGGCCUGUCAUCCCCUCGGGCUCCAAUGCUUCGACUCAGCUCAAAGCCUGAGGAGGUCACCGCCUGGUUGCAGGGAGAGAACUUCUCCAGUUUCACAGUGAAGACCCUUGGGUCCCUAAUGGGAAGCCAGCUGCUUCACAUGAGACCUGGGGAGCUACAAAUGCUGUGUCCAGAAGAGGCCCCCCGGGUCCUGGCACGACUGGAAGCUGUCAAGAGGAUGCUAGGGGUGGCCACACCCCCGAAUGCCUGCAAGUACCAGUCGCGCAGGCGCGUGGCCCUCGAGAUGCGCGUGAAGGGAGGGGACGCGAGCGAGGGGCAGAGUCAAGACAAACACGUUGGUCCCGCCUACUGUGCCGGAUAUAAAAUUCCCUCACCUGAGCGUGGUGUAAAUUCAGCCAGCUGA